AUGACGAAAAGUCACAAUGUAGCCUUAAUGAAAGGCUUGUCAAUGGGGACAAUAUGGAGCAAAUUUCCAUUCUCCAUAGGCUUUCAAUUGUAUAUUUUUAAUGUUACGAAUCCCGAUGGAAUAAGCGAAGGUGAAAAGCCUAUAAUUAAUGAGCUUGGACCUUACUACUACGAUGAAAUACAAGAGAAAACAAAUCAAUUGGAUCACGAGGAGGACGACACGGUAUCCUAUACCAUUAAGAAUACCUAUUAUUUUAAUGCCGAAAAUAGUAAUGGACUUACCGGUGAGGAAGAAGUUAUGGUUCCGAAUUAUUUUGCGUUUUCAUUAAUUAACAUAGUUGCACGUGAAAAGCCUAAUGUACUCCCUAUUAUAGGCAAGGCUCUCGACAGCAUAUUUAACAAGCCAAGUAAUUUUUUUAUCAAAGCGAAAGUGAAGGAUAUAUUUUUCGACGGUUUGCCUAUUGACUGCACGGUAAUGGAUUUAGCGGGUAAGGCAAUUCGUAGCGAGUUAAAGAAAAAAAAUGAAAAAUUCGGAUUAAAGAAGAUAGCUGAGAAUAAAUAUAUUCUCUCUAUGUUUGGACCGGCAAAUGGCACUGAGUCGAAAGCGCGAACACGCGUCCAUCGAGGCAUAAAAAAUAUAAUGGACGUAGGUAAGGUUAUAGAGUACAAUAACAAUCGGAAUAUCUCGGUUUGGGAUGACGAGUACUGCGAUACGUUUAAUGGGACCGACGGUACUGUUUUCCAUCCUCAUUUCGAUAGAAAGGGAAGAGACGACGUCGUUGUUUUCAAUCCGAAUCUUUGUCGGAGUAUAAGCUGUCAUUUUGAAUCGAAAACAACAUUCGACGGUUUAGAGGUACUCCGCUAUACGACAGAUUUAGGAACGGAUGGAAAUAAUAAUCCUUUGCACAAAUGUUACUGUCCAGCAACGAAUGGAUGUCUGAAGAAGGGAGCCUUUGAUAUCUAUAAUCGCACGUUGAAACCAAUUAUUGUUACGAAUCCUCAUUUUUACUUGGCUGACGAAUAUUACUCGAACCAAGUAGAUGGUCUGAAUCCUGAUAAGAAAAAUCAUAUGAUAAUAAUUGACAUUGACCCAUUUACUGGCACUCCGCUCUAUACUCGUACACGCGUGCAAUUAAAUAUGUUUAUAAAUCGUAUAAACAAUAUCAAUCAGAUAAAAAAUAUACCUGACGUAUUACUGCCAAUCUUGUGGAUCGACGAGAUCAUAAUUUUACCAGACUUUUUAAUAAAAAAAAUAAAAUUUGCCUAUAUGCUUCUUAAAAUUGGACGUAUUUUCCAAUAUUUUUUGAUGUCCAUUGAUCUAGGAUUAUGUGGAUUUUCAGGAUAUAAAUAUUGCUUAUUGACGAUCCUGAGGAACAAAGUAAAGGCCACGGAAUGGAAAAACAGUGAACUGCUGAAUAUCACUAAAAAGAAAAUGAAGAUGAAUAUUAGUACGCUGCAAUCGUCAUCGACGCUACCCACAAUCGAUUAA